AUGGCACGUCUCGCCGGGGGUCAGCUCGACGAACAACCCAUUAGUUCAAGCUCCUCCCCAUCACCAGGGCGAUCUUCUGACAAGGAAAAUCCCCGACGAAGUGUCAACAAAAGAACCACGAUGCCACCUCCAAGCUCAGCGAACAAACGGCGACGCCUCACUGACCACGACGCGAAUAUCCAGUCGCAGAUGCCAAUGUCGCAACGCAACGCCCAGAACAGGUACUACGAUCCAGACCAGGAUGCGGGCGAGCGAAGGAAAAUUCGGAAAGGACUGAGGGACUUGACGCGAGAACUCAACGACUCGCGAUCCGAAUAUAUGCAGACCGGAAAUGAUGGCCUCUACAAGACGGUCACCAAAGCGAACGAGAUUUUCGUCGGAGUCAAGCAGACUUCCGACGCGACGAUCGACUCUCGCCUCCUAGUCAACGCGGCCGAUCUCUCCCAUAAAAAGACUGCCCAGCUCGCUCUCGGGGACGCGACGGCCGGUAUCGAUGUCGAUGAAUUCGUUUCCAAAUGUAUCUCGUUCAUGCGUCGGGGUGAAGCACCCACUCUCUCUCCGUCCCAUGGAACCCAGCGCCGCCGACCACGUCAAAGCCAGAGAGACCCCGAUGCGAGCGACGAUGAGGAUGCGGGAGACGCGAUGAAUUGGGACUGGCUGGGUCGACACGCCUGUCUACCGUAUAGCGCUCGACCGGCCGUGUCGGGGUGGUUGUUGGGCCCAUUAUCCGUGCAAAAGCGCGCGCGCCAAAUGACCCAGCGGCGAGCGCAUGAGCGGAUCGAUCCAUCACAGGCCGUGGAGCCCAACGAGCUUAAGCAGCAGGAUCUCGGGGAUCAAGAAAACGUCAAUCUCGCCUUCAUGUGCUCGACAAUCAACAAACUGCUUGCGGAUGUACUGCGGGAUCGCAACGAAGCUGCUUCCAACGAUAUUGCUGCGAUGCUGGCUAAGACAGGGCAAACCGAACCCAGUUUCGAGCAGGUCAAGGAGGCGGCUGCAAAUCAUGGAAUUACCGACGAUGGCGGCUUAAAUCUCUUCCAUGUUUGCAUCAAUCCUCGUUCUUUCGGGCAAAGUGUCGAAAAUUUGUUCUACAUCAGCUUCCUUGUUCGCGAUGGGAAUAUCGGUCUGCAGGUGGACAGUCGCCAAAUUCCGAGUCUUCACUCCUCGGAUCCCUGGUUACCCAGUGAGGCUCAAAAGCAAGGCAUUAAAAAACAGCAGGCCAUCUUCAGUCUAGAUUUCGAGACAUGGCAAGAGCUUGUUGACGCGUUUGAUAUCAAAAAAUGCAUCAUCCCUCAUCGCGAUGAAAUAGAAGCGGAGACCAACCAGGCCUGGUCUGGUUAG